UGCCAACUCAUUGGUGAUUCAUUAUAACAUAUAUCAUGUCAUCCACUUCCCCUGAUGUGUAGAUGUGUGUGUUAGAGGGAAGGAAGAGGUUGACAUUAACAAAUCAUAACAUAACAUAGCAUUAGCAGAAGAAGAGACACAAAGAAAGAAAAGAUGAGUUUGAGGGAAGAGAAUGAAGAGGGAAGGGAUCUGAAGAAGCCAUUUCUUCACACAGGAAGUUGGUAUCGUAUGAGUGGGAGGCAAUCCAGUGUGUUCGGUUCCACCCAGGCCAUGCGUGACACCUCCAUCUCUGUCUUUGCUUGUGUUCUUAUCGUUGCUUUGGGUCCAAUUCAGUUUGGUUUCACUGCUGGUUACACAUCACCUACCCAAUCUGCUAUUAUCACUGAUCUUGGCCUCUCAGUUUCUGAGUUUUCUUUAUUUGGUUCUUUGUCCAAUGUGGGUGCCAUGGUUGGAGCAAUAGCUAGUGGCCAGAUUGCUGAGUAUAUAGGGCGUAAAGGGUCUUUGAUGAUUGCAUCCGUUCCAAAUAUUAUUGGUUGGCUGGCUAUCUCAUUUGCAAAAGAUACUUCUUUUCUUUAUAUGGGAAGAUUGUUGGAAGGGUUUGGCGUAGGGAUAAUAUCUUACACGGUGCCGGUAUACAUAGCUGAGAUAUCACCUCCAAACUUGAGGGGGGGUUUGGUUUCAGUUAACCAGCUCUCUGUCACCAUUGGAAUUAUGCUGGCAUAUCUGCUUGGGAUUUUUGUUCAAUGGAGAAUCCUUGCAAUUUUAGGAAUUUUACCCUGUACAUUAUUGAUACCUGGCCUGUUUUUCAUUCCCGAGUCUCCCAGAUGGCUGGCAAAAAUGGGAAUGACAGAAGAAUCUGAAACUUCCUUGCAAGUACUCCGAGGCUUUGAUACUGAUAUUUCUGUUGAAAUGAAUGAAAUUAAGAGGGCUUCUGCUUCGACAAGCAGGAGAACUACAAUUCGAUUUGCAGAAUUCAAACAAAGAAGAUAUUGGCUUCCCUUAAUGAUUGGAAUUGGACUGCUUAUCCUGCAACAGCUUUCUGGAAUUAAUGGUGUUCUUUUUUAUUCCAGUACCAUCUUUCAAACUGCUGGAAUCAGUUCGAGUGACGCAGCAACAUUUGGAGUUGGUGCUGUUCAGGUUCUUGCCACCAGUUUAACUUUGUGGUUAGCUGACAAAUCUGGUCGCCGGCUUCUCCUUAUUGUCUCUGCAACUGCGAUGACAUUUAGUCUCUUAGUUGUUGCAAUCUCAUUCUACAUAAAGGCUAGUAUAUCAGAAACUUCUUCCUUGUAUGGAAUAUUGGGCAUCUUGUCGGUGGUUGGAGUGGUGGCUAUGGUUAUUGCAUUCUCUCUGGGAAUGGGAGCUAUGCCAUGGAUCAUAAUGUCUGAGAUUCUUCCAAUAAACAUUAAAGGCCUUGCGGGGAGUUUUGCAACACUUGCCAACUGGUUCUUUUCCUGGUUGGUUACAUUGACAGCAAAUUUGCUCUUGGACUGGAGCUCUGGAGGUACCUUCACCAUAUAUGCAGUAGUAUGUGCCUUUACUGUAGUAUUUGUUACCAUUUGGGUCCCUGAGACAAAGGGAAAAUCUAUUGAAGAAAUCCAAUUGUCUUUCAGAUGAAGUUUCUGCUGCUAGCACUUUUCUCUUCUUUUCAUAAGCGGUUUUUGAGUUUCAAUUGUAAUAUUGGUGGGGUUAUUGUGGGAUGCAAGGAUUCAUUUGAUCCUUUGCUUGUAAGUGGCGAAUCCUUGGAGGUUUUUGUAUGCAUUAACAUUCACUCUGACCAGUGCUCCUGUAUGGACCUUGUAAUUGUUCCUCAUUAAUUUAAUUCAUUUUUAUGUUUUUUUUUUU